AUGGCGAGUGUGGAUAGCCAGCUGAUGAUGCUCGAGGAUGUGAUCGAACAAUAUUUGAUCAAGGGAGAUGUGCUGAGCAAGAUCCGAAACGAUUCCAGUCGAUCCCUGUUGACGCUUGAUGGCUGUGACCCAGCCAGUGCAAAAGCAUUGGAGGACAAUUUUGAUUUUGUCAUCCAACUAGUCGCCACCUUUGCAAGUGAAUCCCAGUGGCCGUGCCAUUCGAUGUGGAAGGCCGUUUUCAGGAAGAUGGCGGACCGAUAUGGAAUCUUCCCUCCGAGAACGCGCAAGAAGAUCGUUAAGGACUGGAGCUCUGUUACAGCUGGCCAAGCACGCGCUUUGGGAAUCCAUGCUAUGAAGCUGGCAGGCCGAAGCCAUGGUGCAAGGAACCCGAAAAUUCUCCAUAUCAAAACUUUGAUCCACCAAGUUCUUGCUGAAGCUGCACCUGGCGGUGCCAACUUGGAUGUGGAGGAGGCUAUUCGGCGCCAUGUUGAGCACACUGAGGGGCAGGAACCUGAAGCUUCUCUCUCUAGUGGGUCUGACCGCGGAGAGGUCCAGGAAAAGAUGAUCGAUUUGCACGACAGUCAGGAACCAGUUCCACCUGGAAAGACACAAGGGAUCCCAGCUGCUAAUGUUGAGGCAAAAUCUUUGGCUGUAGCAUCAAAACGGCAGGCUGCCAAGGAGAAAGCACCUCUACUCCCAGCUCCAGUAGAACUGGAUGGCAGCUUGGCCCAACAGGUCGCCGUAGUCUCCGACACUCUUGCCUCUUCAGCCAGCAAAGAUGCUGACCUUCUCGCGAGUCAGGCAGAGGUCUUGAAGGCCGCUCGGGGAUCGAAGCGUGGUCAUGAAGCUUCCGAUGGUGAAUCUGAUGGGAAAAAGAAACAAAAGCCUGGGCAGCCUGGGCCUAAGCGAAAGCCUCGGGCAAAGAAAGCACCAACCCAGACAAAGACGAAUAGCGAACCAGAGGAAAGAACAGCGGCUCCUACAGUUGAGUGUAGUUUGGCCACUGAGCCUACGAAACCCAAUGCUGAGCGUGAGCCCGACUCUGGAAACACCCAGCCUCGUCCAAAGCGUGCCCCGCGUCCUCCUGUGAAUCUUCCUCAGCUCUGGACGGAGAAGGAGGCUGUACUGCGCGCAGCUGGAAUUCCAAUUGCACAAGAGUUCUCUGGAGAUCGGAAGAGCUUCACGCUGCACGAUGAGUCUGGCAAUGGGAGUGGCAUCCAGAUUCUGUGGGCAGUGGAUCAGGUGUACGUGAACGAGAUGAAGAAGAAGCUAGAACACUUCGCGCCUAACCGCCAGGGAGGUGUUACUGUUUCUAUCAGAAAGCAAGGAGGUUGGGCAGCGAGUUUCCUUGUGGCCAGGUCGUUAGCCGGAUGGCCAUGA